AACAGGCUAAUCAUAGAGUUUGAGCUGCAGACCACAGUAGAGUCAGGCCUGGUGUUCUACAUGCCGAGGAUCAACCACGCUGACUUCGCCACCAUUCAGGUGAAGAAGGGCAUGGCCCACCUCGGCUACGACCUGGGCCACGGCAACACCUCCGUCAGCGUGCCACGCAUCAUCAACGACGGACACUGGCACAAGUUCUGGGAUCACCUAAUGUACCUCUCGAGCCAGCCGGGGAAACAAUCAUAAUAAUCCGGGUGGGGAGAGAGAAACUGAGAGGUGUACUGGUGAUAGACAACUGCUACUCCAAGCACACCACCAGCCCCAAGAGGGCUGACAUCCUGGAUGUGGUUGGCAUGCUGUACAUAGGUGGCCUACCUGUCAACUACACUACCAAGAGGAUCGGACCAGUCUUGUAUAGUAUCAAUGGCUGCAUCAGGAACUUUAAGAUGCUGGGUAUUGUGUUGGACAUGGACACGCCCACCUCCAGCCACCAAGCGGGCAGCUGUUUCAUCAGCACUGAGAAGGGAACCUACUUCGAUGGCACUGAAUAUGUUAAAGCAGUGGGUUCCUACAGGGUGGGUCUGGACGUGUCUCUGGAGCUGGAGUUCCGUAUGCCCUGGAGCAACGGGGUUCCGCUGGCGGUCAGCAGCCAGGUGGACACCAAGAUGGAGGGCCUGGGCAUCGUACUGCACGGCGGAAAGCUGCUGUUCCACAUGGACAACUGGGUGGGCCGGUUCACAGCCGAGUACCAGCCUGAAGCAGAGGCAGGCCUCUGUGACGGUCAGUGGCACUCAGUCACUGCCCACAAGCUCCACCAUAGGCUGGAGAUCAUUGUGGAUGGCAGGAAGGAGGAAGCAGAGAGCCCCAACACCAGGUCCAACACCGCUGACAUCUGGGACAGAGGGGCUCAAGCAGUUUGGCCUGACUACCAGCACUUCAUUCAAAGGCUGCAUGCGCAACCUGAAGAUAACAUAGGCAUCCAAAGUGUUGGAGGUUCAAUUCAACAAGGGCCUGGAGUUGAAGGGGGUUCAACCCCUCACCUGCCCAGCCAAUGCAGCCUAAACACAGACUACCAAAGCCUGUCACUGCCAGACGUACAGCAGCAGCACCAAAACACAUGGAAACACAACUUACAGGACUGUAACUUCUUCCUCAUUCUGGAUCAGCGGGCCAACCAACUUUAUACCAAGGGUUUAGAUAGCUUUUUAGAGUGUGAAGUAUACAAUACAAGUGAGUGGAACCUUUAGGAAGACAUAGUAUAAAAUCAUGGUCCAUUUAAAGGACUAUAGAUCCUCUUCUAUUAUCCUGUAUGUCCUAAGCCUCCUGUGUCUGUCUGUCUAAACUACAUGUGAUGUAGCAUACAAUACACGUAUGUUGUGGUUGGAAUUUGUACUCUGUAACAACAAACAGCAUUUUGAAAUACAUGCUUUGAAGGCAAUCAAAUAAUUGUAUUGUCUUUAUCACAAUAUCAAACCGUGGCCUUUAACUUACACUCGGGAUCUGGAGGAUUGCCAUCUGCUUCAUAUCCAAUAGAUUCGUCUUGCAACAUUUCCUCCAACAAGGAACUGCCUUAGUUUGCUGCUCUUCCUAACCUUCUGAAGCAAGAAACACUUACUGUCAAUCUGGUACACACACUUUAUUUGAUGUCUAUUCUACAGUAGGCUAUGUCUAAUAUAUAUGCAGCAAACAGUGAACUGAAACGGGAAGAAUUGUGAAAAUAAAAUGCUAAGCAACA